GACGUUUUUGUUGCCUCAGUCGGCCCCUAGUGUUCAUCGGUGCCUGUGAUGUGUUCAAGUGACUUGUGUUUUGUUUUGUAACCGAACAAAACCGAUUAAGCAAACAAUACUCGAAAAAUGCAUUAACUUAAAAUACUUGUAAAAGAAGGAAAGAACUGUGAUAUUAGAAUUUAAUCGUAGGAUGAUAAUUUAGGAUAAGGGACAGGGCGUUUAGACAGAGCGAGGGUUGAAAUUAAAUGGAACAGAGUCAGAAUGAACAAAAUACAUUCGCGCAUUUUGGCACUGGUUUUGAGCAUAUUUCUGAUACACGCAGCUGACCCGCCAGUACAGAGACCAUCAGGGGCCUUCAUACAAUACCUCCCUAAAAACAACCAAACAGAGAACUUUCAAGAAACCAUUGAGCAAAACACGGAAAAGUUGAAACUCUUCCACGAUUAUUUAAUUAAUAUCAAAAAUGAGUCACCCGAAAAUUCCCGUGAUAAAGACGCAUCUACGAAUCAUGACGCCAUAAACCGAUUUCUCCAAAGAGAAAGAAAAACGCAAUACGAAAAGUUGCUCGAGAAGGAUUUCAUAAGACCCUUAUUAAAGCUUUACGAGCAGCACAUCCAUCAAGAGCCCGAUUACACAAUAGGAAAUUCCUCUACGUUAUCACGAAUUUCCAAAGAAGAUCACGUUGAAGAUUUCAAAGUUUUGUCAAAAGACGACUUGGAUGAACUGAUCCAUGGGGGUGAAACCUAUCAACAAAACCAUAAGCAAGACACUGAUCAACAUAUCGCGCGAAGGGAUGAUACAGUUGAUGGGAGUCACGAUGAACACAUUGGGGAGAUUUUGCCCCCUGGGUACCAACCCCCCAAAAUGCACCGAUUUAGCCCCGUGAGACGAUUCUACUACCAACCCUCGGUCAGAAGUCGCAAGUCUUACGAUGAGGGUUUUAAAACGUUUCGCAAACCGGUUAUUUUCCCGGGAGAGCGAUUUCGCCCGGAGUAUGAACCUAGUGGGCUCUCAUCGGAAGGUUUUGAGUCUGAUUACAGACCGGAAUACGACAUUAAUACUGAGGAAAGUCGCAGUAUGUUUACGAGACCUACAAGGUUGGGUUUGCCACCUAACGAAGUGCCAGGGUUUCGAUUACCGAGACGUUUGAGGGGUUUUCCGGAGAAUUUUCCUUCAACGGCUAGAGAACCUUACUGGCAGAGCCCUUGGGCCAGUUCUAGACGACCACGAGUGAUUUUUCCUUCAGAUUUAGUCGCGUUUAGAGAGCCUAACGGCAAUCAGGAAGAACCUGACUGGUUAGCAGGAGAUAACAACUUACAAGACAUCCAGGAACAGGAUACUCGAGAUAGAGGGACACAGUUGGGGUGCGCUUCCGGUGUGACGUGCGAGUUUUUCCUAACAUGUUGGCUGUCGGGGGGGCUGCUGGAGUCCCCCUGCGACGGCCUGUUGCGGGGCUGCUGCCAGAGGGGCGCCUCUAAGGCCGGUCAAAGCGCAAACCUGGCGAUCGGUACCCUCGAGGCACCCCGUGAAUCGCCCAAAUCCGGCCUGCUUGACUCCGAUUAUCGAUGCGGGAUUUCGACGAAUCGGCAGCAGGCUCAAAGGAGGAUUGUCGGAGGCGAGGAAGCAGGAUUUGGGACUUUUCCUUGGCAGGCUUAUAUCCGAAUCGGAUCCUCCAGAUGCGGAGGUUCUCUAGUCAGCAGGCGUCACGUCGUAACAGCAGGUCAUUGUGUAGCACGAGCCACCCCCAGACAGGUGCAUGUCACCCUUGGAGAUUAUGUUAUUAACUCAGCAGUAGAGCCACUGCCGGCUUACACCUUUGGAGUCUCUCAGAUACAGGUGCAUCCCUUUUUCAAGUUCACCCCUCAGGCCGACCGCUUCGAUGUAGCUGUUCUUCGGUUGGACCGCACCGCUCACCAGCUGCCCCACAUCACCCCCAUCUGUCUUCCCCCGCGCGGGGAGAGCUUUUUGGGGGAGGUGGGCGUCGCAGCGGGCUGGGGCGCCUUGAGCCCCGGCUCGAGACUGAGACCGCAGACUCUGCAAGCCGUGCAAGUGCCAGUGAUAGACAAUCGCGUGUGCGAACGGUGGCACAGGUCGAAGGGCAUCGGGGUGACGAUUUAUGACGAGAUGAUGUGCGCGGGGUACAAGAACGGCGGCAGGGACAGCUGCCAGGGCGAUUCCGGGGGGCCGCUCAUGCUGCAAAAGCAGGGGCGGUGGUACCUGAUCGGGAUCGUCUCGGCGGGGUACAGCUGCGCUCAGCCGGGGCAACCGGGAAUUUACCACAGGGUCGCACAUACCGUUGAUUGGAUCACAAGGGCCAUCGGUGUUUAGUUACCUAGACGCGUUAGGGAAAUAAUAAGAGACUCCAAUUUCUAAUUGUUAUCUAUGCCCCAUAGUGUCGGGAUGAGUUCCAACCAAACAGUAUUUCACGUAGGUGGUUGAAGCAUUUGCGACAAAAUUAAGUCUUUAUUAAAUAAAACUUUUUUCUUUUCGCUUUUUUAUAUAAUAUUUUCAAAAAUUGUGCUUUUUACAAAAAUUAAGUGAAAUAUGAAAAAGUAGGACCAAAAAAAUAAUUGUUGCUUUUAUGUUAUAAAUAACGCCAUUUUCCAGUCAUAUAGUGUUGUAAUUCAGUGUUAAUUUAUUUUUUACCUAAUAAGUAAACUACCAGAACCAUAACCUGACAAACGAACAUUCUACAUUUUUAAAUAAAUGUAAAUAAAACAUCAUUUUAUCAUAUUUACAUACAUCAUUUACCCACCCGUAUGUACAUACAGAAAUAAAACUUUUAUUUUGUUCCGGUGGAAAAGUUUUAAUUUCUCUUUACUCUUCACUUAUUAGCCAACAAAAAUAUAAGUUUUGUGAUUCGUCAAUCAGUUCAUGAGAAAGUAAUUUAAGUACCCUGUAAUUAAUUGUAAAUUAAAUUUUAAAAACAAUAGUAAAUUAUUUACAUAAAUUAUUAAAUUCUUGUAUACGUACGAUUAUAAAACUGGAUGUUAUUUAUGUUAUUUUGUUGUAGGAUUAUGUUAAGAUGAAUGGAUAUACUAGAUCGAUAUAUGACUAAAUAAAAUUUAUUUUAAAUA